UGGCUACUACUUUUUUUUUUUAAAGAACUUUUUCCUUAAAAGUAUACUCCUAAAAUAAAUGCCAUAUACAUAUUUAUAGGAUCCUUGACGAACUUUGUUUACUUCUACCCACCAAACCAAACUUCUCGAAUUAACAAAUGAAUGAAGAAAUGAAAGAAAAACAGAGAGAUUCUGAAAUAUCAUCUACAAAAAAUAUCAAAGAAAGAGAAAAACAUGUCAGAAAUUUACAAGUUCUUGAUUCAUCAUAUGAUUACAAAGGAAAUAUUCCUCUUCGCUCUUCUACUGGUUCAUGGAAAGCAUCUUUCUUCAUCAUUGCAAUUGAAUUUAGUGAGAGAUUGAGCUACUUUGGAAUAGCAACAAAUAUGAUAACAUACAUGACAAAAGUGAUGCACCAAGACCUCAAAACUGCUGCAGACAGUGUGAAUAUAUGGACAGGAGUCACCACUGUCACGCCCCUUCUUGGUGCCUUUCUUGCUGAUGCUUAUACUGGCCGUUACUUUAUCAUUCUCUUCUCUGCUCUUCUCUAUGUUCUCGGUUUAAUUCUUUUAACAAUGACACAAUACAUUCCAACCCUAAAACCAUGCAACACAACCCCAAUCUCCUCAUGUGAACAUGCAACCAAAGUACAUGAAGCUGUAUUCUUCCUAGCAGCAUACCUUGUAGCCCUUGCAACAGGUGGUUACAAGCCAUGCUUAGAGAGCUUUGGAGCCGACCAAUUCGAUGACGAUGACACAAAAGAAAGGAAGCAAAAGAUGUCAUUUUUCAAUUGGUGGAAUGUUUCUCUUUGUAGUGGGCUUUUCAUUGGUGUAACCUUGAUUGUUUAUGUACAAGAUUAUGUUAGUUGGGGUAUUGCUUUUCUUAUAUUGGCUAUUAUCAUGGGUGUUACUGUAUUUAUAUUUGUUAUUGGGAGACCCUUUUAUCGGUAUAGAAAACCCCAUGGAAGUCCAUUAACUCCAUUGUUGCAAGUUAUGGUUGCGGCUAUGGCUAAGAGAAAGCUGGCUUGUCCUGUGGAUUCUACAUUGUUGUAUGAGGUUGGAAAUUCUGAUAUGGUUCAAGGGAGGCUUUUAAGUCACACCAAUAGGCUAAGAUUCUUAGACAAAGCUGCAAUAAUAGAACAAGAUGAACACAAUGGAACAACAAAGAAAAAGCCAAGUCCAUGGAGGCUAGCAAGUGUAACACAAGUGGAAGAACUAAAGUUAAUCAUAAGCAUGGUUCCAAUAUGGCUAACUUGCUUAGUAUUUGGCAUAGGCAUUGCACAAGGCUCAACAUUCUUCAUCAAACAAGGCUCAUCCAUGAACAGAAAAAUCACAAAACACUUUGAAAUCCCUGCAGCAACAGUCUAUACCCUUACAUCUAUAGGUAUGAUUGCUUCAGUUUCCUUCUAUGAUAAGGUACUCCUUCCAUACUUAAGGAAAGUCACAGGAAAGGAACGAGGAAUCGACAUCCUUACAAGAAUAGGUAUCGGUAUGAUCAUAUUGAUCGUCGCAAUGUUAGUCUCAGCCAUUGUCGAAAAGGAAAGGAUUAAGGCCUCAUCACAAGGAAAACAACUUAAUGUGUUUUGGCUCGCGCCACAAUUUUUGAUCAUUGGUGUAGGGGACGGUUUUUCGUUAGUCGGUAUGCAAGAGUUUUUCUAUGAUCAAGCUCCUGACUCGAUGAGGAGUUUAGGGUUGGCGUUUUAUCUUAGUGUUAUUGGUGUUGGUAGUUUUGCUAGUACGUUUUUGAUAACAAUUGUUGAUUUUGUGACUGGUAAAAAUAGCGGUAAAAAAUGGAUAGGUAAGGAUUUAAGUCAUAGUCGUCUUGAUUAUUUUUAUUGGCUAUUGAUGAUUAUAUGUGUUUUAGACAUGGUUAUCUUUGUUUGGUUGGCUAAGAAUUAUAGGUACAAAAAUAUUCAUAGGACAAUGCUUGUAGUUGAUUCUAGCGAUGUUGAGAAGAAAGUGGAGUUAGCUAAUGUUUAGAUGGAGAUGUAAUGAAUGUUGAUGUUUUUAGUAUCAAACUAUCAAUCAAUUGAAUCUACAUAUACAACUUUAUGCUCUCCAUGG